CAUUGCAGGUACACAAUCAAAGCUCCCGAUUCGCUGGACACGGCGGCGUGCUUACCUCGUGACUUGUAGUUGUUGUCGACGGAACGCCGUCGCAGUGGCACAGACGAGUAGAUAACGUGCUCACGGUCGCCGUUCAACAAGUGCUGCGUCUCCAUACUUACCGCCGAACUCGUGCGUCCUGCCAUACUUACGUCCUGUGUCGUUGUCCGUUGAAUACUUAUAUCCUGCUACCGUCGUAAUGUCGUCAAUGAAACGCAAACUUCCCGAGAGGAACGAAGACGCGAAACGCAAACGCAGUACUUGGAUGAUCUUUCCGGGGGCCGAUGCAUUAAGACCGUACAAUAUCGUAUUUGAUUACGACAGAUUCGAAUAUGAACUUGCUGUUGGACUUGAUUUCGCACUUGCUAAUGCCUUGGAACCAGAAGAAAUUGUGGGAGCCUGUAACUUUAAUGGUGAAAUAGUGUAUUUUUUUAAGUGGAAGCGUCAAGUUGCAGUAAGUUACAUAACAUCAGAACACGCUGCAAAUUUGUAUUCUGAAGCUAUAAUUAAAUUCCAUGAGAAGUAUAACUGGAAAAUAGUUGAUACAGCUACGUCGCAACAGCAACAUGGAGGUAAUGCUGUGCGUCCUGUAAAGCCGACCAAGGGUUUUAAGAAUCAACUUGCCUAUUUACGAAAAUGAAAUUAACAAUAAACCUAAGUACAAUGUAUAUAUAAAAUAAUCAUAAUAUAAGUUGCUAUUAUCAUACAUUAUAAUUUUUUUUUUACACAGAUAAAUGUCAAUUACUAUUUAUUGUACUUUUGUACCAGAUUAAAUUAAUUAAAAAUAACUUUCAGUCACACCA